UUUCCGCGAUGGAAUGUAUUUCCGGAAGUGAAGGUCUUCAUGCUAGGCAAGGAGAAUUUUUUCUCUCGCCAGUUUCAUUGCACAUUUAGUCUCGUUUGAUGAUCGACAAACGUCAUGGAUCCACCUUUUGAUUGCAAUAGACACGUACCUCCACUGAGAUCUUUUUGGGUUUGGUUCUGUUUUGUCUUGUUAGGAUCGCAUCUCCCACUAUCGCUGUCAGCAAAUCUACAAUGGCAAACUCAACCAUUGUCACAAACUGUGGAGGAAGGCGACACUACUACAUUUUCUUGUUCGGCGCAAUACACCAAAAAGAUACAGGAGUACGACUGGGAAUUUAAUAAUCAAUUCUUACCAGGAGACAGUCGUUUUGUUAAAAAGGACGAUGGUAAAAUGUUAGAAAUAUCUAACGUUAAGUUUAAGGAUCGAGGGAACUAUAGAUGUGUGGCCAAAAGGAAAGGUAAAACUCUGGGCAUGAGUCAGAACGCGGCCUUAAAUGUAAAAGGAAUUUGCUCUGCAAUUCAAUUAAGCAUAAAGCCCACUGGCAAAAUAUUCUUAACAAAGACUGAUUUACAGCUAAGAUGUAAGUGUUACAUUUAUCCUUUGGGAACAUAUGUUUGGACAAAAGAUGGGAAAGAGGUUGCCACAGAUGCACGAGUUACUAUCAGUCGCAAAAAACUGUAUAUUAACAAUGCAACUGUAGGAGACAGUGGUGAAUACUCUUGUUCAGCAACCACCCUGGAUGGGUCAGAUACCAGACGUGCGACAUCUCCAUUGUCAGUUACUGUAGUUGAUGGACAAUAUCCUCAAUUUCAAAUUCCUCCUCCAAAGGAGAGAACAGUUUUACUGGGUAGUGAAGCAGUCCUCCCUUGUAGAGCUAUUGGCAGCCCAACUCCUGAAAUAAAGUGGUAUGCAGGAAGUAAUCGUAGCCCAUUGCAAAGCUCUUCUAAGUACAGAAUUCAUGAUAAUGGGACACUGGUGAUUGCAAAUGUUGACAAGCAAGAUGAAGAAAAAUACAAGUGUACGGCAACAAACUUGGUUGGGCAAAUGACCACAGAAAGUGUUUUGAGACUUGCUUACUUGAAUGAUGUUACCCUGGACAGUACCAAAGUAUAUGUCUUAUUCAAUGACCCACUAGAAAUAACGUGUGACCCACCUGAAGCAAGGCCAGCUGCAUCAGUAACAUGGCUCAAGGCAGCUGGAGAGACCCUGCCUAAAAGAUUUGAUAUAAAAGGUUGUUGUACUCUUCGGAACAAUAGAGCAAAGCUUAAUGAUGCUGGAAAUUACACUUGCACAGCAAAAAACAUGGCUGGAAACAAAUCAGAGACUGUUGAAAUUACAGUUGUUGAGCAACCAAAGAUUGCUUCGAAACCCAAAAACCUAUCUAUUAAGGAAGAUGAAAAGGCUAUUCUUGACUGCAAUGCUAAAACCAGACCAACCCCCAACAUAUCCUGGUACAAAGAUGGCAAAUCUCUCAAGGUUGACAAGAAGCGGAUAUUUAAAUAUCUAAAUGGAACACUAGUCAUAAACAAAGUUAUCCCAGAAGAUUCAGGAAAAUACCAAUGUUCAGCGGAUGUAGCAUCUUGGUCAGACAGUGCGGAGGCUACUGUUGAUGUAUAUGCAAAAGUAAAGCUGCGAGGUAUCCAUACCAACCAAGUGAUUGCCACCCUACACAAACCUCAAAAGAUCCGAUGUGACUUUGAUGGACACCAACCCAUUAUAGUUACCUGGAAGAAAGAAGGAGGUGUAAAUAUUGAUCCAAAACGAGUGAGACAAGAAGAUAGCAUGCUGAUUUUUAAAAAAAUUGAGAAAGCAGAUGAGGGCCAUUACUGGUGUAAGGGUGAAAAUUCCUUCAGCAGUGCAGAGAGCUAUGUUAACAUUUCUGUUCAUGUGUAUCCCACAUUUGUCCUGCGGCCGAAGAACACGAUGGCUUAUGUAGACGAUCAUUUGUGGCUCCAUUGUAAUGCGUCAGGUGAUCCUAAACCCAAGAUCAGUUGGAGCAAAGAAGCACAAGGAAGGGACAAGCUGGAUAGAGAGCGUUUCAUUCUGUUCCCUAAUGGAACUCUUCACAUCAAGAAGGUGCAAUUCGCUGAUGAGGGCAGGUACUAUUGCAUUGCCGCAAACCAUGCUGAAAUGAAACAGAGCAAAUUCAGUCUUAAAGUACAAGCUCAUCCCGUCGCCGAAGUUAGCAAAUCGACAGCCUCAAUGGCUCGCACAAUAGGAAUUGCAGUUAGCAAAUCGACAGCCUCAAUGGCUCGCACAAUAGGAAUUGCAGUUAGCAAAUCGACAGCCUCAAUGGCUCGCACAAUAGGAAUUGCAGUUAGCAAAUCGACAGCCUCAAUGGCUCGCACAAUAGGAUUUGCAGUCGGGUGUGCUGCAGCUUAUAUUGUUCUGGUGGUGACAACCCCUGCCUGAUAAAUUUGUCCCGUUAUCUACAGCAAUUAAC